ACUUGCGCACCUUUACGCAACAUUUGCAUCUCCAACUUUUUUUUUUUAUUAUUCUUUUUUUUUAACGACUUAACUUAACAAAGAACACUUGAUAAGUGCGAAUUAUAUAUUCAUAUUUCCUGAAGAUACAUCCAGACUUUCACACACACAGUUAAAACGCAAAACCCACCUGACGCCGACCGUUGGGCCGCACACCGGAAGUGAGCGGGUCAUCUCCUCCUCGCAGCUCGGACAGACAUGGCGUGCUCGCUAGCUGGCGGCGGCGACACGGACUCGACGAUGUUUUUUUUAACGCGGCCGACGAAACACCGCUCGUGGAUGUGCUGUUUUCUCCUGGCGGUGUAUCUGACGUCGCCGCCGGUCUCGGCGAAGCUGGACAGCCUCCGAGAAGUGACCGACGGGACGUGGGAGGAAAUCCUGACGGGAGAAUGGAUGAUUGAAUUCUACGCGCCCUGGUGUCCGGCGUGUCAGCAGCUCCAGGCGGCGUGGAAGGAGUUCGCGGACUGGGGGGAGGACAUGGGGGUCAACAUAGCCAAGGUGGACGUGACGGAACAGCCCGGUCUGAGUGGGCGAUUCAUCAUCACUUCACUUCCUACUAUUUACCACUGUAAAGAUGGCGUCUUCAGGAAGUACCAGGGAGCUCGCACUAAAGACGACUUCCUCAGUUUUGUCGAUGAGCAGAAGUGGAAAGCAGUAGAGCCGAUUUCAUCUUGGUUCGGGCCAUCUUCGGUUCUAAUGAAUUCAAUGUCCGCUUUGUUCAAGCUCUCCAUGUUUAUCCGGCGCUGUCAUAACUACAUGACGGAGCAGCUGGGGAUUCCGGUGUGGGGGUCUUACAUUAUCUUUGGUUUGGCCACUCUGUUCUCUGGCCUUGCUUUGGGACUGUUACUGGUCUUCAUAGCAGAUUUUGCCUUCCCCUCACGACGCAUUUCCUCUUCAGACUACUACCAGAAAAAACAGACGAUGGAGCAGGCAAGGUUAAUCCAACGGCAAGAGGACGAGCAUGAGGCCGACGGCGAGGAAGACGACGAUGAAGACGACGAGGAGGAGGACGAGGAUGAGGUUUGGAGGCGGAGGAGGAGAGGGUCCCCAGAGGGCCGCCCAGAACCUAAGGGACACGGGUUCACUGACGAAGCUCUGAGGAAGAGAGUGGUGGGCAACCGUGAGGAGGAAGAUGGCGAGGACUCCUAGGGAGUCUCAUGGUUCCUUCUAGUUUGAGAAGAGCAUCGUGGAGUCAACAGAGUCGGGGGAGCUUCGGUCCCCGAGCAGCAGUGUUUACAGCAGGGAGUCUUUCAACCCCCUCCUCCUAACCUCCCCUUCUCCUCCUCUGGGCCCCCCAAAACACCUCGCUUCUUUUCUUCUCCCUCCUUUUUUUUUUUUUUUUUAACAGGAGCGCUUUAGACUCUCUCCGCCUGAGCAGCAAGCUGCACCUGGAAACAGCAAAAAAAACAAAAACACUCCAGACACCCGUUUCCACUCAAAUGGCCUGGCUGAGGUUUAGGUAUGAAGUGCAGUAGAGUUGGAUUUUGCAAUGUUGUUUAUGCUAUGCAUCAUUUUUAAAAAAAAGAUGUGUGUUUUAUUAUGUUUAUCUCAGAAUUAUUAUACCAGGCUUGUGUUUGAGGUUUAUUUUGUCCAUUUUUAUUGCUUAAAAGCUAAUGUAUACAUUAUUAUGUUAUUUUAAGUUUCAUAUAUAUUUUACCCUGACCCAACGUACCAAUGUGAUAACGGCGAGCUUUAACAACUUGUUGCAUUACUACCUGACUUUAAACUGAUCCGGUAGUAAAUGACCGUGUUAUUUUGUCGAUACAUUUCUCCCGUGACUCCUCCAUAAUAAAGCAACCCUGAGUUUCUCCA